UUUUAUUGCCUAUUUCCUAAGCAGAAGUGUGUCGAAUGAUGCCAGAUUUUGGAUGAAGUCGAGAUGAGUGAACCGCCGGAAACAGAUCUCGAUUAUUACUCCAGACCCGAAAAUUACACCGGUAGCAAUCUCCAGUCCUUGCAGAAGUUCACCCUAGCCAAGCAAAAGCAGGACAAAGCUUUAAGUGAUCAGAAUGUAAAAGCUAAAAAGAAGAAGAGUGGAUUUGAUCUCUUUGCUAGAUACAAACAUAUCUUAAAGGGAUACAUAUCGGACGAAGAAGAAGAGGAGGAGGACGAAGAAGAAGAGAAAGAUGAAGGCGCGGAAGAAGCGAAGGAAGAUUCCUCAAAGAAAACUAAAUUCGAGGAUAUAAAAGAAGAAAGUGAGGAAAUUCAAGAAGAUGAAUAUGACAAGGAGAAAAAGGAUGUGAAAGAAAAAGAUGAUCAGACUGUUUCGCCUUCUGGAGACAAACCUUCCAAAUCUCCAGCUGAGUCAAGGAGGCGUUCUAGUGCAAGUCCUUUCCCACCGGGAUUCGAACCGACCCCAUCCCCACGAGACAGUGUCACUAGUACCUCACCUGUUCCCCCCAAACCCAGGGGGCAACAAGAUGUAUCUGGGGGACGAUCGUCAGUUUCACUGCGUUUUACAAAACAGCAGCAAAUUGCUAAGGAACUACGUGCAAAUGCCCUACGAGAAAAAUUUCGUAAAGCUAUUUUCUGGGUGAAAAUUGCUCUCAAGUUUUCAAGUUCAGCCUCAGGCAGCGACCCAGGCGAGGGUAUGAAGACAUUUAUGGACAUAUCCAGCGAAGUAGAAUCCUCCAACCUAAAAAGUUCAGGACUUUCAUUUGAUCCUAAUUAUUUCAAGGCAAACAAAGAGAUAAAUCUCAGUACCGAGGUCAAAGGAAUCCUUAGUUUGCCAUCAGAGCAAAGGACGCCCGAACAAGUCCAAACGGCAAUGUUUGGUCUACAAAUAAUGCGAUCCUUUGCCGAAUACCCUCUCCAUAUGCAGGAGAAAUUGGCCAAAGUAGCGUAUUUUGAAGUGGUUCCGCCAAAACGAAUUAUCAUAAGACAAGGACAUUUUGCAGAAAAUUUCUAUUUCAUCGUUUCUGGUCAAGCGGUCGUAACGCUUCUGCUUAGAGAUCCUAAGACUGGGGCUUCAUUUGUUAAAACUGCCACAAUCAUGCGAAGAGGAAUGAGUUUUGGGGAGUUGGCCCUCCUCCACCAUUCUCGUAGGACUGCUACCGUCACUAGUCAGGGUGAGGUACAGCUACUAUCCGUGGGGCGGGUUGAUUUCUUUGAUAUCUUCAUGAGUGGGGCUGGUCCAGGGGAAAUACCGGAUCACAUUAAGUUUAUCAGUACCUGUGAUUUUAUGAAAGAUUGGCCAUUGGAACAGCUUUUAGAAAAUCCACAACACUGUCUCUUACAUUUCUUCAAAAGAAAUGUGGUCAUAGUUAGAGACAGUACAAAUUCUGAAUGGCUGUACGUCGUAAAAUCGGGAUUUUGUCAAGUAUUAAAGCAGCUAAAAGGCGUUACUCCUAAGAUUGGAUGGAAAGAAAAAUCCAACCAAAGUAAAAUAGAACUUCCAACACUGGAAACUCCUUUACCAGGUCCAAAAGUUGAUACCUGGAGAAGGAAGAGAAGAAAAACAAAGUCUGCCGGCGAUGAAAGACGGCUAGAAAAUCAAGAAAACCUGGAGCCUGCUCCUGUGCCACAAGCCAUUCCUGGUCCCUCAACCAAAAAGUUCUCAAAAGCUGAAUACUCACUAAACCCUGUCACUAAAAAGGCCCAUCUGUCUCCCAUAAAAAUGUCAAAAUAUGACACAAAGAAAAAAUACGAAGUUCCGGAGAAAUGCAAACCUCCCAAACCAAAGGAGCCUCCGAAAGACCUGCCCCCUAGCAAACCCCCUCCCGUAUUUGUCCAAGUCGGAAGUCUCAAACCCAAGGAUGUCUUCGGUUUGGAGACAAUACAGUUUGAGGACUCUAUAGAAAAUCCACAGACGGUGGUUACUCUGGUAUCCAGAGGAGCUGAAUGUAUAAUGCUGAACAAGGAAUUUUUUGCCAAACACGCGAACGAACAGGUCAAAAAAUUGAUACGUCAUCAAGUCCGACCGUACCCAGAUGAAAAAACUUUUCAAAACAACCUUCAGAUAAAAGAGAACUGGGAGUUGUACAAGAAGAGUCUUAUCGAUGAUCUCACGAGUUGAUCAACGUCAUAAUUAGGAUAUCGUCAUCAUUGUGCUAAUUUUGAGGGUUUUCUCAAAAAACUGAUUCAAGAGAGAACUUUUGUUAUCGUUUAAAUUUAUAUAAUGCUGAUUGUUAACUUUUUUAUGUGAAAUAUGAGGGAAUGUUAUUUUCUCAAAUGAGAUAUGAAUCUUUUUCUUGUUGAGUAUGAACUCCGAGGCAGUAUCCAAAUGUUACUCGCUGCAUAAAAUAUCUUUAAAUACAAAUGCAUUUUAGUAAUUGCCAAUAAAAUUU